ACCCUGUCAACUCCACGCCCUCACAGCUUCACCACUCUCCCACCCGCCCCGAGGCCGCGUCCCCAAUGCUCGCCCGCCGCAGCCCGACUCUCGUUUUCCCCCAACCGUCCCACGACCCGCCGAGCUAGACGCCGCGACUGUCUCACCAUCUCAAACGCUUGCGCAGCCACACUCGUCUUCAACCUCACGUCGCUACCUCGCGAGCUGCCCCAGAGCGUCGCCCGCCGAGCAAGGGCGAGCUGAGUCUUCGCUGCGUACUCCAACCCCGCCGCCGCCGCCAUGUUGCGACCCGCCACGCCGCUGUCCAUCCUGUUCUUCGUCGCAUUCGCCCUGCUCCUCCUUUCGACCCUCUCCACGCCCGUAAUCAAGGCAAUUCCCCUAGCCACCUUCAAGGGCGUCCAUUUUGGCGUGUUUGGCUACUGCAAUGGCGACACAUGUAGCGGGAUGCGCGUGGGAUACGGCACAGAUGACAUUUUCUCCAAAGCAGACGACUCAGACUUCUCUCUUCCCUCCGCUACAAGACACUCGCUUUCUUCCAUUCUGAUUGUCCAUCCAGUUGCAUGUCUUUUGACUCUAAUAUGCUUCGCCUUAUCCGUAGCAGCCCAUUUCCAUUCGCCCGCGCAUUCUCCCCGCUAUCUUCUAGCUCUUCUAAUACUUACUUUCCCGACACUGCUCGUCUCUCUCUUGGCCUUCCUGGUGGAUAUCCUGUUGUUCGUGCCGCACAUGGCCUGGGGAGGAUGGAUUGUCCUGGCUGCUACCAUCAUCAUCACUGCAAGCGGUGUGGUUACCUGUGCAAUGCGCCGAACCCUGGUGAGCAGGAAAGCUCGAAAGAAGAGGAUCGCCGAGAACCCCGACAUGAAUGGCGAGGCUUAUUACAACAACCGCGCCGCAGAAGUACCUGUCAUUGAUGAUCUUCCAAAAGCCGACUCUCCACCUCCUCUGUCAACCGGUGACACACUGGUUGGGGACAGAAAGGGGGGAUUUGCUACCUUUGAGAUGCAAAAUCAGCAAACCUCCGACGACAUGACACCGCUAAACCCGCGUAACCCGUCUGUGAAAAGCAGUAGUACCAACGGUAGGCAGCAAGGCGGUUCAGGUUACGGAGAUGAAAGCCCGGAUCAAUACCGCGACCCCUCGAGAGGCCCAUCAGGACGGCGCCAACCCAGAGACCAAUACGGUAACCCCAUACCCCCGCUUCCUGUGGACGGCUACGGGGCCCCUCCGCCUAGCAUGCAAAACGGAGGCUCUAUGCGACAAGGACCAAUGGGACCGCCAAUGGGACCAGGCGGCCGCGGAGCUCCCUAUGGCCGUGGAAGGGGCGGGGCCCCCAGAGGAGGCCCACCGAGGGGAGGUUAUGGUCGUGGAGGGCCCCAAGGAAUGCGCGUUCCAGCACCGCCAGGGUGGAAUGGGGGUGGAAGAGGUGGCAUGGGUCCUGGGAUGGUCGCGGGGGCGGCUGGACGUGGCGGCAGAGGCCCUCCACCAGACUACAACAACCGCUUCUACGCAGGUCGAGAGCAGUCGCCAGCACCCUAUGGCGCGAGAGGCGUCUCUCCAAUGGCUCCUAUGCAGCCUCCAAUGGCAAUUGGCCAAGCGAUUGAGAUGGAUGCCAGAACCGGAACGCCGCCCAUGAAUUAUGGGCUGAGGGACAGCGACGGUGACGUUCAAGGCAUGCUAGCCUUGCAACAAGGAGGAGGUUUCAAUGGCCCUCAAGCAACACGGCAAGGGCCGCCAGGUGAUCCUAUGAGCCCUGGGAGCGUAUACUCAGACGAAUACAAGGCUCCCCGAGCGAAUUGGAACGAACCACUCCAAAACGCGUCAGACCAGACGCUUCCAUCCAGCAGUGCUCGUGGACUUUCACCCAUCGCGGCUUCACCCGUCGAACUACCUGCUCAACUCGCAAACAAUUCGCCCAUACAUCGCCGAAACAAGUCAUCAGAUUAUUAUGAAGAUGUUGAUCCCCGCUUCGCAGAUGCGGGCGCCCCUCAACCGACUGAACUCCCUGCUGCACUUGUUCCUGGCUACGCAUCGAAUCAAAAUGCCCAAACGCCACCCCAAAAUGCGCCCUACCUCCCCGCUGCUUCCCCAAACCACCUACACCCAAACGAGCCAGUGCUAGAACGUGAUUCAUCCUACGAGUCUAUCGCCGAAGGAUCACGCUCGCCAGCUGCGUCAGAAGCGUCCCAUUUCACCUCCGUCUCACAACGUGGCGUCAAUCCCAAUUGGCGGCCGCCACCUCCAGGAAUGGGUGGUCCACCGCCGCCUGGCCAGUAUCCCCCUUACCAAGGAGGAGCCGGCUAUGCUGGUGGGUAUGGCGCGCGUCGACCUCCUAGACAAGAGGAUAUCAUCUUGGAGUCCAACGCUGUAAACCCAGACUUCGCGAUACCAGGCGUCGGACGGGGUGGCAGGGGCGGCGGCGGCGGCGGGAGAGGUGGACGAGGUGGUGGAAGGCAGCCGGGGGUGAUACCUCCAAUUGCUGGUGCUGGAGGCAGGUACCCUGGUGCAGAAGCCAUAUAAACGAGGAUCUUUUCGCAAAAACGUACACAGGUGACCUGUUGGGAAUGCGUGCGAACGACACUCACGGAUCCUGUGGCCUGCCUCUGGGUUUACUCGAAUUCGAGCCCCAGACGUCUCUCCUCACUUCACUUCACGAAACACAAUACUUUUCUUCUCGGAGCGUUUGCUCAACCCAGCCACACGCUGCGACCUACGCCUUCCUUCCUUGCCUUGCCUUCUUCGGCAUUGGCGACGAACUAAAAGUAGCCCAGCCCAGCCACUGCGUCUUUUUGCGCCUGUUCAAGGCCUGAUAUGGAAUCGCUUCUCUAAUACCCUCUCUUUUGCUUCUCACCGGAUUAUGUACAAAACCGCCAUCUUCCUGCUGUGUUUUCUU